GCAGAGUAUAUAAGGUUAAGCUCAUAGCAGUCACUACAGACAAGAGCAACUGGUCACAAUGAGUGGAAAGGCUAGCAGAUCUGUGGGAAUCAUUGGAGCUCCCUUCUCUAAGGGACAGGUAAUCACUUUUUUGCUUUUAAUGGACAGAAUUCUGAUUAUUUAGACAGCUUUUGACUAAUGAUUUUUAAUGUAUUUAUCAUACAUGUACCUGUAUAUACUUUAAAGGUAAAAAUUUUUGCAUAUUAAAAUCAGAUGAAAGAUAUUUUAAAAUACAUGUUUUUAUUUUUAUUUUUCCCAACACAGCUAGUACCAGUCUGGCUUUUUUAAUCUCAGUUUUGCCAUUCUGAUGGCUUUUUAUUACAAAUUUUAGUUUAGUAAAUAAACCAUCUCAUCAGUGAAGACUGUGAAGGAAUUUGAGUAAAUUCUCCAUCUAAUAACUACUGUUACUGUGCUAGUUCUUGGCAAACUCAUCAGAAAAAUUUAAGUUCUAAUUAGAAUAUUUGACAACAGAUCUAUUUCUUAAAUCAAAACAAAUUUGCAGAACUUAAAGUUAUUACUUGAUUUUAAAGAGCAUACUGCAAUUAUUACAUUUUUUUUAAAAAAGCACUAAUUGCUGAAGAAUAUCCCAUUGAUUUAUAUUGCCAGUUUUUAUUUAUGAAGUUUUACAUUUAAGGUUUUUACAGUUUGGAUCUGUAAGAAAAAUAAUCAUAAGUUAAAUCAUAUGUUAAAUGCUUUUAAAUUGAUUUUAUAUUAAUCAUAUCAGGGGCCAUUUAUUUACCAAUCAUUCAUUUUUCCCAAUGUUUAUUGUUUCAUAAAAAACUUUUUAGGUGUCAGAAAAUCAUUCCUUUUAAUAUUUAUAAUUUUUCUAAAUAGAAAAAAUUCUUGUGCUGUUUUGGACGGGGUAAUGGGAUUAUACAUUUAAUUGGGAAUUGUGGAUAUUUGAUAAGGCAAUUGCGUGUUUUGGGACAAAAGAGCUAAGCUAGAAAACAUCCCCAAUCGCUGCAAGCUUUACAGUUUAGCAUUUGUUUUUGUUUUUUUGUUUUUUUUAAAUAGUAAUUCCCUUUUCAAUUCUCUACAAUUUAUGGUUUAGUGUAUAUAUAAUGUGAAGCAAGAAACACAGGUUUUGAGAGCUCUACCCAAAAGGCUUUAAUCUAGAGAGAAACCUCAUAAAUGCUGGGUGUGUGCCAGACUAAGAGAGAAGUGUGAUGGCUUCAUGGGGGAUAUGAGAGGGUUAGGAGUUUAGGGAUUAGUUGCGUAAUAUAUAAGACUUCUUAAAGAUAGGAUUUUCCAGGGAGCUUUUGAAGGUAGGGAAGGUGGGGAAUAUAACAUGGCCUUGAGUUCCAGAAAGAUAUGGCAGCUACAGAACAGUCUUGGAAGUUGGACAUACAAAAACCAGGUGUUACCUCAAGGUGCAAAAACUGACUCUGGCUCCACAACCAAUAACAUCUGGAAUCCCCCCAAAAAAACAAGGGUCCAGGACAUCAGUAGGUGAAAAAGCCCUCCAAAUUUAUUGAGGUUACCCAUUGAACUCAGUUUAAAGUAUGGUAUAGAGAGAAUUUUUAAACUGAAUUCGCUUACUGUGGGAACCUCAAUAAAUAUAGUGGACUUUUUCACCUUUCGAUGCGUGCGCGACAUGUUCUUUUUGUAUUCUAUAUUGGAAGUUGGACAAGAAUGAUUUGAUAAGAGAUGUGUACAAUUUUAGACAAUGAAAAAUGUGAGAAGGUUGCAGUAGCAAGGAGAAAUGCUAACAGUAAAAAAAGGCAUGGAAUGGUAACGGUCACUUGCAAGGUUUUUUACUAUUAUGUUUACUUAUCUCUUAUAUUAGCAAAUAAUUGUUUCUAUUGUGUGAGAGAUAAAAAUGAAUGUAGAAAUCCAUACCUGUGCAACUCGGUACCCUGAGUACCAUCUUAGCUCCCUGUCAGCCAUUUUUAAAAGCUCUGUCAUUUGCACCUGGCAGUCAGCAUAGAGAAAGCGCACAGAGAAGAGACAUUUUUUUACGCUCUUCAUUUGCAGUGUUUACGCUGGCUUUGCCUUGUUUGAACUGGGUCAUGAUGUAAUUUGAUAAAUCUUUCAUAUAAAUUCAAAAGAAAAUUGCUCAUUUUAUGAAAAAAAAAAGGUUAAGACCAGUUAUAGGUGAUUUUCAAUGUUUUAUUCAAUAUAAUAAAUUCCACAGAAGUUACAGUUCCUCUUGCUGUUUUGGAGGACUUGUAAGUGAAGGUCAGCUGUUUACUGUAUUCUGUGAAGUUCUCAGAGGACAAAUGUUUACUUUUUUUUUUUAAUUAAGUAUAAUAUUUAAAGUACGAAGGAUAGUUCCCUAUACCUGACUGUAUUUUUUUAUUAUUCCCAAGUAUCAUUAACUGGUCCCUCAGACAGAAUAUUUAUAUAUUUAUGCCUAGAUGUAUAUAAACAUAUUUUGUAGAAAGUAUUAAAAAAAUUCUUCCUAAGAACGUCCCAAAUUUCACCAGUUUUGUGAGUGUUUUCUGCCCUCUUUUAUAUACAUCUCUGGCAUCCAAUAGGUUAACCGCUCCAUUCUCAUCUAUGGAUAAAAUGCAUUCUUCUCACCCUGAGAAUUUGUUCAAAGUUUCAGAACCCCAGGUGAACUUUUAACAGUUCCUUUGGGUAUUUACCCACAUGAAUUUACACAUGCAAGGUUGUUAACAUAUUCUAAAUAAAUUGCUAAAGAAAUCACAAUAAGAAAAGAAAAAAACAAAAAACAACAAACUAGUUUUUCCUGAUAUACUUGUUGCAAGAUGGCGUCUGAAAGUAAGCCCAAUUAACAUUAAAAGCAUGCUACAUUGUUAUGGUAAUAGUCAUUAGGAAUAGCAACAAAAACAUGCAAAUAUCCAAUGGUUAUCUUCAGAAUAAGGUCAUUAUUAAACGUGGGAAUGGUGGGAAACCUUUGUUAGGCAGAAUCACUUUAAAUAAAAAAAUAAAAAAUUGGGAUGUCUGAUAGUCUUCCAUGUGGCUGUUCAUCUGUGCAAAUGAUUCAGAAAAUGAUUCAAAUUAGGAAAAAAAUAGGUACUGUAAAAUAUAUGUGUACUGUAAAAUAUAGGCAUAUACUAUAACAUAUAUUAUAUAUAUAAAUAUUAAUAUAAAUGUGUUCAUGCCAUUUAGUUCACAGAUCAAGUGAGAUAAAGUAACCGAAGGGAAAAAGAGGAGGUUAAGUAAAAAAAAAAAAAAUCUAUAUAUAUAUAUUAUAUAUUUAUUAAAUAUACAAUAUAAAAAUAUAGAUUUUUUUUUAAUGCUCCCUUUUUUCCUUCAAUUGGUCACCCCAGUUGUGAUGGCUGUCCCUUAAUCAUCAAUAACCUCUAUAUUUGAUGUCAUGGGCAUAACUUCAAAUCAUAUAAACAUAAUCGUCCAUUGCACAAAUUAUUAUUUUUGUUAUACGUUUUUAUGGCACUUUGCAGUUACGGAAUUUGGGAGAGCAGUUGAUCAGCCUAAAUUCAGACAAAUUGCAAUUCGACCGAAAACUAAAUUAAAGUCUAGUCUAGUCAUUAUAUUGAAGUAAAGUUGGUAAAUUGGUUAUACUGGUUAUACUGAUUAUAACUCUUCAUAGUCUCCCAGCUUUUUAUAUUAAAUAAUCCAUAAAUCAGUUGUUGUUUUUUUUUAAAUUUAUUUAUACAUUUAUCACUUUAAAGAUCAACUAUAUUAUUCCAAUAUAAUCUGGCUUUUAAAGGAUAUGUCAGCAUGAAUUGCCAUACUUAUUCAGAUAUGGGAGCUCUAUACAGACCUGCUGUUACUAAAUAAGCAUUCCAUUUUAAACUAGUGUACUUAAAAUCAGAUUAUCAUGACAUAGAUACCACAACGUUGUAAUUUGGAGACAGCAAAAAUACUAAAGUGUUAAAAGAACAUUGCAAGCACCGUAACCUGACAUUAUACUGUAGUGGAUAUGGUGUUUGGAGUGUUCUGGCGCCAUAGAGCAAUCCUGAUUCUCCUUCUUGAACAGAUGGGAUAGGGAUGUGGCUGUGGGCAACAAGUGGGACUUAAGUACAUUGUUAAAUACUAAAUUAUCAUAGUAAACGUAGAUUGUCAUAGUAAAGCUAUUUGACCUCUUACAAUCUGAAGGUACUAAAGUUCUUAAAAUAAGAGCCCACAUACGGCUCCAGUCCAGGUCGGCCCCAAUAGCAAUUCUGCAAGUUUAGAUACUAUAAUGCUUAGCUGGCAUUUCUUGCUAGCAGCCCAAGAAAAUACACAAACAAUGUUCAAUGCUGUUCCUCAAUCUCUUCACCAAGAAUUAAAGGUUAUGUUUUAUAAUCUCUCUCUUAUUUCACAAGAUCAAGGCACUAACUAUAUUUUAUAUUUCUGUAUUUAUUUGUGUAAAUUAACCCAUUGUUCUCAUUCAGUUCAAGUAAUACGUAUUGUCUGUUUUUCCAUUCUUGUAGCCAAGGGGUGGUGUGGAAGAAGGACCAAAAUACCUAAGAGCAGCUGGGUUAAACAAGAAAUUGAAAGAGCUUGGUAAGAUCCCCAAGUAUAAUACUAAAUGAUAAUGUUAGGGCCCCUGGGAUGUUUGUAAUGGAAACUGCAAAUAAAUAGAUAAUGGAGAGAUGGUGGGAUAGAUGGACAGGGGGAUGGAUGGAUAAAUAUGUACUUAAUAACAGUAUUUACUUACAAGCAUAUUCUUAUGAAUAUUUUUUUGUUAUUCUUUAUAAAGUGCGCGCUUAUUGUACAGAGCUUUACAAGGACAUAUAAAACUUAUAAGUAAUUUCUAUAUUUAUUUAUUCAUUAAUUGUUCACUGUAUUCGUUUUAUAUACCUCAUAUGGAUAUAUAUAAUGUAUAGACCAAAUGUACGUUAUAUACAUUAGCAGUUGCAAAACAAAUUAUUCACUUUGACUCAUAAUAAUAAAUAACGCUUUUAAACUGAACUAAAAUGUAGAUAUAUAUGUAAAGCAGGUAUGUUUAGUCACUGGUUACACAAGAGCUAUAUAGCAAGCAGCUACUUCCUUAUGAUUCUUGAAAUGUUUGAUACGUGCUUACUAUUGCAUAAUGGAAGUUAUGCAGAAUACUUAUUUCACACAUAAAUGUACACAAUCCACGAAAAGCAUAGAUUAGCCCAGCAAAGUACAGUUAAUGCGAUAUAUUGUUUUUAUAUUCAGACCAAUAGCCCUUGUGGACUGAUGAAAAAUUUUACAAAUAUCAACAAUAUCUCAGCUUGCAGCCAGUCCUCUAGUGACGAUAUGGCACGGGAGAAGCUAUACUUCCACCUUGCGCCAUGCCAAUUCAUGCCAGGGGUUGGGGCAAUGAAUGGCUGACUCAGUUGAUCCUCUCAGCCUAUCACUGCGCAUUACCCUUGGUAUGGCGUGUAGCGAAGCAAAGCUUCACCUUGAUUAUUCAAUCAUUGGAUGAUGUGCUGCAGGUUAAUGUAGACCAAGCAUCUCUGCAAAACGGUGAGCAGCAGUGACACUGUACCGGUGACCAUUGACUCCAGGCACCAUCACAAUUUCAAACAGUUGAACCGGUUAUUGUGCCUGCCUACAAUGUUCUUUUAUAUGGACUUUAACCAACAUAAUCAGUAUUUUUUAUGUAGUAGUAGUUAUAAUACAGGGAGUGUUUGGGUGUCUUUGGGUACAGUCCCUCCAGGCGAUAGGUGCCAGCAAAGCUGCUUUUUUCAAACUGCUCAAAACAUGAGUGAAAAAGGAGAGACUGCACCAAAAGACUCCUUGCAUCAUAACUAGUACAAUGAGCUUGACUGGCAAAAUAUGUGUAUGAUUUUGUCUUGUGUAGUGGAAUUAUCGUUUGAUGUUAGGCUUACAAUGUCUGUUCCAUAUCUAGUAUUAAAUGCUGUAGUCUACAAAAUAUAUUAUUUUAUUAUUUGCUGUUUACGGAACUGUUAAAACCAAGGUAGAGUAAUAGCUUUAAGGGACAAAAUUCUAAAUUGCUGAACUGCCACCUGUGCCCUAGGACCAUGAUAGUGUUUGAAAACCAUUUCUGCAAUUCCUUCAGACCUUAAAAUCUUGUCUUCAAAUAUAAUAAAUCAGUAUGAAAAACGAAAAAUCUGCCGAAUUCUGUGGUAAAAAGCGACGAGAGCCUCGUUGUGGGAUAUCAGCUACUACUGCUGAACAGUUGGGGUAGUGGAUAAUCAUACAAUGAUGCAAUAGAUCUUUGCCUGAGCAAAAGUGUUUCCUUUCCCUUGCUCUCUCAUGGCAAACACAGCUGUACUGUACUGUACCGAGGCCAGCAACAUGAUGUCCUGUAAUUAUGGCCAUUUGUAAUCAAAUAUUGGUCUUUAGGGAACAGUGAUGAGAACUUCAUGCCUCUUGGUGUGUUGGUUUCCUGCAUCGCAGUUGAGCUGUCAUGUAAACAAUGAUACAGGAAUUGUAGGUCUCAUUAGUUACCUGAGACUCAGGACCCUGUCACAACCCCCCUUCUAAUUCUGUAAUGAGGUCAAUUAUGGUAAUAAGUAAUGAUGUGUAUCUGUAAAAAAAAGGCCUGAAUGGCUAUUAAGUAAGAAUUGUCUUUUAUUGCUAAAUGUGCGUAGUCCGGUAGCUGAGUCACCAGCCCAAGAAUAACUACUUUUCUGUGUAAUCCCAUGCUCAGACAUAGGCUUAUAUAGGGGAUGUGUAGAUGUGCCUAGGCACACCUAAAGUAUAUUAUAUAAAAAAAACUAGUUUAGCUACACCUCAGCUUGUGUGACGAAAACCAAUUACCAAUAUAAUGAGUGGAUUUGAAAUGAAUAUUCUCAUUUUAUUUAAAAAUAAAUGAACACAAAUUACCUCUGUGUGCACUACCAGGAAGUGGCCAACCCACAUUACUCUAGUCUAGAAAUGAUGAAACUGUGACGUGUAAAUGUUUUGGCUUGUCACAUAUUGUUACAUGUUUUUAAAUGCAAAUGACAUAUAAAUCAUCCUCGUCUGUCACAUCCUUUGAGGUUUGUACAUAUUUCUAAAAAGCUGCUCCAUUCAGGGAAAUCAACAACUUUAGAUUACAUAGCAAAAUAUAUACAUGUAGUCUGACUCACCCUGGGAAAAUAACUGCAAAUGAGCUAAGACAAGCAUGAAUCCAUAUUCUUAUGCUUAAUUUGUAAAUAUUGGAAAAAAAAUUACAGAUUUUUUCACAGUGACAGUGUUAGUGUAGGGUUUAUGUUUGUUUAGUGAUAGUGCAGUGAAGGAGUUAAUGUGUAUUUUAGUGUGUUAGGUUAUUGUAAGCAUCAAGGAGAAGCCUUUAUUAUUUGGGAAGCACUGAGUUGCAAAUACCAGAGCUGCCUGAGAUUAUUGGGAAUCAACUGCAUGAAGUUGAUAAAUGCAUUAUUACACAUUCAUUACAAUUAGUAAUUAAACAAAUAACUUCAGUAUUAUCUCUUCUUGUGUAUUACAAAAGGCAAAUUUAAGUUACAAAAACAUGUUUUAUGGAAAAACUUAAGAGAAGUAUCAAGCGAAAAACUAUUUUUGCUAUAUCUCAGAAGUUGGACCAGACAGUGAGCGCCAGGGAGACCCUGAUAAGUGUCAAGUCAUUUAAAAAUGGUUUGAUUUUUAACAAUGGGACAAUGUCAGGGGACAUCUUGGUAUCAUCACCACUACAUCUGCCUCUGGUGGUUAUGGUGCCUAGAGUACCACUCUGAACUAAUUUUAGAGAUUUACAUUGAUUGUUAUAUUGUAUUUGGAGAGAAAUGUAUAAAAUUCCUCGCUUUGUCCCUUUGCAGAUUUUAUCUCUAAUGUCUGCAUGACUGGUUUCCAUGCCACAGACAAUGACAGUGUACUACCUGACUUUAAAAGCUGAACUUAGCCAUCAAAGACUUUCGUAAAUGACUAGGUUAAUUUACUGAGCCACUGAUGUCAGAGAAACUGAUAAUUAAUGGGAUACUGCAGGCAACAUGUCACUUCUUUUGUAUGUUAGAGUUGAUGGGAAAAAUAACUUCCCUGAGUUUAGUGAGCUUACUAAAAUGUGUUCACACCCUAAAACAAUAGUACUACCCUACCUCCAACCCUCAUACCAACAUUUCAAAUAGACGAAGAGGGACACUUUAAUUUUAGGGUUGUGAGUAGGGGGGUGUCCAGGUGCGGAGCUGUUCUGCAAAAUAUUAGGUUACUUACUAUUAACAAUUUAGGUAAUUCUACAUGUAAUUUAGAACAAGAACAAUGUAUAUUAUUUACACUGACUGACUUCUAAACACAUUUAUUGUAGUUGAAUACUGUGAGUAUUAUUGCUGUGGAGCUCUUUUAUACACUCAUAGACAUCAUAAUAUGGAGCUUCUAGAAAAGUGGGAAAUCUGGAUAGAAAAGUGGGACAGGGGUAUUAGUGCUAAAUAAAUAGGGACACUUGGAAGGUAUGAACCCUUGGUCUACACUCUACAUGGUACAUUAGAUCAAUUCCAUUGAAUUCAUGUAAAAAUACCCAUUUAAAAUAUCUGAACUGGGCAAUGUAUGAGUAUCCAAAUGCUCUUCAACUUGAAGUUAGUUGCAGUGUGUAUAUGUUCUCAUUAAAUUCAUGUAGCAUCAGAUUAGAAUUUAAAAUUUGCUAGGAGUGUCAGAGUCACUCCAUGAUUAUGGACACAAUUGUGUAAAAGUUUGAAACGUUCAUUUGACAAUAUCUGUUUUACAAAAAACAAAAAAAUACUAAUCUAUUUUAAAUAUACAUUUAUUUAUUAUUAAAAUAAUAAUAUGUGGAAUGUUUUGGGUUUCUUUCCAGCCUAUGAUGUCAAAGAUUAUGGUGAUCUGAAUUUUGCGGACAUACCUAAUGACCAACCAUUUGAAAAUGUGAAAAACCCUCUCACAGUUGGGAAUGCCACAGAAAAACUUGCCAAUGCAGUUGCAGACAUAAAGAAGAGCGGUAGGGUUUGUCUGACCCUUGGCGGAGAUCACAGGUAUGUCCAGAUUUCUUAUUAUGUUUGGUGAAAAUAUUGUCAAAUAGAUUGUGACCCAGCAAUAUGCCGUUUGAAUUAACUCUUCCACUACCAAUUUGUUUUUAUAAUAAUAGUUAAAACAUGGGAUAAAUAACUAGAAUAUGAUGUUAGGGUUCCUGUUCAUUGACACCCUAUACAAUUUAUGUUUUUCAUGUAUUCCUUUAUCCUAUACUGAGAUGGUAAAAAAUAUUUAAAAUGCCAUGGAACCCCAUGGCUUGUUUUCAGAAACGACACACACAAAAGAGCUGUCAGGAGGUAAAAGACAGGGUGGAGGCUGCCAUCCUCAUUAUAUAAGUAUGUAGUGAGUGUAUGUGUAUGGGGGGCUGUAGUAUUUGUAGGUGUGUGGGGGCUGUAGUAUGUGUAGAUGUAUGGGGGCUGUAGCCUGUGUGUGCAUAGGGGCUGUAUUAUGUGUGUAAGGCAUGUAGUGUGUGUGUCUUGGGACUGUAGAGAGUGUACAUAUGGGGAUGUAGUGUGUGUGUGGGGGGGGGAGGAGGGGGUGAAGGGUCUGUAUUGUAUGUGUGUAGGAUAUGUAGUGUAUGUGUGUAUAUCUAGCAACUGUAGAGAGUGUGUAGGUAUGGGGGAUAAAGUGCGGGUAUUUGGGAAAUGUGUAGGUAGGUUAUGCUCAGUAUUGCAGGGCUGUGAGAGAGGGGAUUUAAAGGUGUGGGAGCAAUUAUAAUAUAAUUAUAAUAUUACAUUAAUUACAUUCUAUGCCCCACCCCUUCCUUGUAUACUUAUGGCCAGGGAGGUUGGAUAUCCAGAUCAAUGUUGGUCCCGUGUUUCAAUCUACACCUCAGUUGAGUGUACACUGUACAAAGUACUAGCGUGAGCUUUGGCACUCUGAAGACUAGAGUCUUCUGUCUCCCUCUGCCUGCAGCAUUAGGCUAAAUUGGUCUGGUGAGGGAGAUCUUUGAUCUGACUACCUCUCAACCUCCAGCCAUCCUCGUGAGCUUCCAAUAAACAGAAAUGAUGUCCAGCGUCCCUUGUAAAUCAAUAUACUUUUAUUUUCAAUUCAUGUACAGUAAGCUAUUUAUUUUAUUGGUGAGUGAUCUUCCAUAUGUCACUAUUUGGAGAUUUAUUUGAAAUGAAAAUAAAAGAAUAUUGAUUUAUAAGGAAUGCUGGAUAGAAUUUCUGUUUAUUGUAUUUACUAUUGACUGGAGUACUAGCAAGCUUUGAUUGAAGCUAUUUAAGUUUAUUGGUAAGUGUUCUUCCAUAUUUCACUAUUUGGUACCCUUGUGAGCAUGAUGCUGGGUGCUUUGCAACCCUCACACCUGUUUGGACUUUUUUUAUUUCCUGACGUAGAAUACUUUUUAUAACACUUCACGAUUAAGAAUGAAGACCAACUUCUCUGUGUUCUUAUAUUGAUUAGAAUUAGCAUUUAUUGUAUAUAGCAGGUUGUGUAUAUAUACAGUACUAUGCAAAACUUUUAGGCCACCACCAGCUUUAUUGCAUUAGCAAAGUUUUAAUGACAUUCAAAUUAAUUUUAAGUCUCUUUAUUAAGAUACAAACAGAAAAACAGGAAAUAUGUACAAAAAAUAUUUUAAAAAAACAAAAAAAAUUUCAGAACAAAAAAGCCAGUCUUUAGUGUGAACACCCUUGGCACUAAACACAUCUUAAACUCUUUUGGGGACACUGUCCUAAUGUUUUUUGAAGUAAUCUUUUGGUAAAUUAUACCAGGCUUCUUUCAACACUUUCCAGAAAUCUUUUUUAGAUUUAGGUUUUCUUUUUAUUUAUUUAUUUGUACAGAUGAUCCCUCACUGUCUCUAUAAUAUUCAUGUCUGGACUCUGUGGAGGCCAGUCCUUGACUGACAAGUGUUUUGUCAGCUGUUUAUACAUGCAAUUGUUUCAGAUGAACCAGAAGGACAUGAAAAUGGGUAAUCAUCCAAAAUUCUGAUUAAUAGCAAUUUGUUUGAAGUUGAAUGUAAAGGUCUACUAGUUACUAAAUAAUGCCAAUAAGGUACUUAUUUGCAUGCAAAUAAACUUUAAUUUACUAUUCUUGACCUGCCUAUGUAAAAUGUCCACCCAAUCAAUUGGCAAGGGAUUACUAAUUACCAUGAAAAACUCUUUCCGUCACAAUAACAUUCCUUUAGCUGCAAACAAUGGGGUUCUUUCAUAUGUACAGAUACCUGCCAUGUUUUCAAUUGGCAAAGGACAUUUUCAUGUAUGUGGACACAUUCCAGUUUCACAUUGCCUUCAAAGUCAUGUAUAUUUUAAGGAGUUUGAGCAUUCAUAUAUGUCUGGCAUUUGUCUGGUAGAAAACAAAUGGAAAUUAACAUAACUGUGAUCUAAAAAUACAUGAUAAACCACUUUUGAAGGUACACUUGUAGGUUUGAUAAUUUAACGUAUUAAAAUAUGAAUUAGUUAAGGUACCCUUUCUAUUUUGUGAGAGAUGAGAAAGCAAUCUUUAUGUAUUUCUUGUAAACUAUUCCUUUGACAGUAAUUUUGACAGAAUAAAUAUAUCAGAAAGUGACCUUGUAAUCUACAGUACAUGUUUAGUGCAUGACAGGUCCAUCUUUACCUAUAUUUAAAUACAAAAGAAACAAAAGCAAUACAAGAACUUUCACAGCUAUUUAUUGUUUUGAUAAUUCUAAUACUGCCAUAGUCAUUGACAAUUACAGUAAAGUACAGGGGUCCAGUAUUCUAGGGCACGUGGGCUAAGCAUGGCACUCGAGUAGCCUUGGCAUGACACACAAGAAUGCCAGUGUCAAACAGGUUGUGGAUAUCUCAGGAUCGUCCCUGGAGCGGGUCUAUCAAGGUUUCCAGUGGGACUUCUUCAGAAACCUGCUAGUGCCAACCGAGCAUUCAGCACUAGUGAUGCUGGUGGUGAGUGGCAUUCCUCAACGUAUUUAACACUUCCUCCCAGCACUUGUUAAGGGGAAUCCACAUUGAUGGCAUCAAACCAUCACAGUCCCUGCCUUUGAUCUUUACCUGGCCAGCCCACCAAGUAGCCUCUCACACGCAGUUCCCUAAAGCAGUUCCCUCACAUACACAAAACACUGCACACACAAUCCCAAAAGCAACCCCUCCAUACACAGAACACAUACAUAACAGGAUAGGCCGCCCACACAUGUAUCACACACACAAUACUACACACUGCUAAUGCACAUACACCAUAUAAUGCAGUCCACAUAUGCACAAAUACAACCUUACAAACCAAAUGCAGCACCCAUACACAAGAUUAGCAAAAUAUGUCAACAUAUACAUAUGUUCAUUUAAAAAAAUAGGACUGGCACAGCAAAGGACUUCUAAGUCUUGUUUUGGCAUAGUGCUUCAAAAAGGUUGUCUUCCCCUGGUGUAGUGCAACAAAUAUAGUUGAGAAUAUACAUUGUCAUUUACAGUGUGAUGCUUAAGGUGAAAAGAGACCCACAGAAUAAUUUAACAUGUAUAUAAUUUGUAACACUCUACAGACAUGAUAAACAUGUAAAGGGUAACUGUCAUGCCUAUAACAACUUGGCAUGGCACACAAGGCUGCCAGAGUCAAACAGGCUGUAGAUAUCUCAGUGGGUGGCAGUGAUUGGCUGAGAGUGUCAGCUGAUCGCUCUCAAUGUAUCACAGUCUCUCAUUGCUGGGAUGAAUUGGUAUAGCUAGAAGAGUGUGAUAUCUGCCUUAGCCAUACCUCCGGUGGGGGCUGUAGGUAGACAGGGACUCUCACAGUGUUAAACUGAUUGAAAAUAGUUAUUACUGAAAAUAUUAACAUCUUUAAGUGCACCUUUAAUGUCUUAAUUCAGCAUGAUAUGUGUGCAUGCCAGAAGCAAUUUGGUAGUGGCGGAAUUUAAAGGGCCGCUGUAGGCACUGUAUAUGCUUCAUCUCAUUAAACUGGUUAUAUUGUCUGAAAUCCCCUGAUGCUAGAUGAGUUCCCAGCAGCCCAUCCCCUCUGUUCUGUUUUGACUAAUGAGGAAGUAUUAGCCUGAGCAGCAACAGUCAGCUGUGACUGAUUGAGAGCGUCCACUGACUGAUUUUAGCCUAUCAGAGCUCCAACUGAUGGUAUGAGUGGGUAUGACAACAAGUGUGUAAUCUUUGCUUUAGCCACACCUCCAGAAAGGGCCAGACUGUGGGUGGCCAGGGACCCUUAUUUACUGUUAAACUGCUCAAAAUUGGUUUAAUGGGGCUGAAUGCCGGGUGACUCCAAGCACUAUAACUAAUUCAAUGAGAUGAAAUGAUUAUACAUGAAAUGAUUAUUGACUACAGUGUCCCUUUAAAUAAAUACUCCUAGCACUGUAGUGGUUCUGGUAUCAGGAGCACCCUGGCACCUCUCAUUGUCUUCUUACCUGGGCUUUACAAGGCACCCCUCACAGCCUCCACUAACCAUCACCAAAGAGACAGAAAUUCCUCAGUAGCAGUUUCUGUCAACUUCCCUGAAGCACUGGAAACUAGUGGCUAUGGUGUUUAAAGUGUUACUUUAAGUCAAUUCAUGCAUUAUAUAUUUUUUCCAAUGAUUUUCUCCCCUGAAAUUAGAUACUGGGACAUGCUCCCUGUUUACCUCAAUUAUCUGUUUGUUGUGUCCCUACAGCUUGGCACUUGGAACAAUUGCAGGUCAUGCAAAGGUUCACCCUAAUCUUUGUGUAGUUUGGGUGGAUGCCCAUACUGAUAUCAACACUCCAUUCACAUCACCCAGUGGCAACCUGCAUGGGCAACCUGUGGCAUUCCUUCUAAAAGAACUAAAAGAAAAGGUAAGCAAAAUAAAAAAAAUAUUUGUGCAUGGAGCCCACAUAAUGUGAAAGAUCUAUUUAACCCAUUAUUGUAUUUUAUGAAUGAUAAAAUUGCUGCUCAAUAAACGUCUCUGCAUUGAAAUCGAACUAAACUCAUCAUAGAGUAAAAAUGCUAACAGAGGUAAUAUAGAUAGAGGAUGGAUAUAUGCUGUUGUUACACUUCCCAUAAUUCUCUACCACCCGACAGAAACGGAAAUAUAAACAAACAGCUAGGUAGAAAUGAUUAAAUAUGGUUCUGAACCAUUUUGUGAAAUUUGAUGCUUCUGGUAUAAUGAAUAAUAAAAAAAUAAAAAACACAUCCUGACACUUUAAGUAAUGUGUGUCAGUUAGCUACAGAAAUCAUUAAGCAAUUGUAAUUCUAAUACUUGGCCUUAUAAUCUGUAUUCCUUCCUUUCAAGAUGCCCAAUGUUCCUGGAUUCUCUUGGGUGAAACCAUGCCUGUCAGCUAAAGACAUAGUAUACAUUGGACUAAGAGAUGUAGAUCCUGGAGAACAGUAAGUCUGGUUUACGUUUUUGUUGUAUAUAUUUUCUCUGACAGAUCUCUCCAUGUUUAAAAUAAAUUACAUUCCUGUAAAUGUUGAUGUAUUAAAGGAACACUAUGACAUUAGGAAUACAAAUAUGUAUUGCUAACCCUAUAAUGACCUGCUCACUGGUUAGGGUACCACACACUGCUGCCCCCAUCUGUGUAAAGUAAAAUGUAGUUUACGUACCAUUUUUACCUUGCCCUCAAGCCCGUAGCUCCAGGGCUAGAGUUCACUCUUGCGAGAUCUGAAGCGUUGCCGUGGUAACCAGGGCAACGCUACGUGCUCGCGAGAGUAGGACCCGGAGGAGCUGCAGACUGAGCUCCCAGGUCCUCUCUGCCUUCCCUGACGGCUGCCAGCACAGUGCCUGCAGACCGGGUAGGGAGAUCUCUGAUCUCCCUCUCUGAUCUCCCUCCCCGGUCCGCAGGCACAUUUUAGGGUUGGCGCUUGGACCCAGUCCUGCAUUAGCUGGCAGGGGAGAAUCUCAGAGGGGGGGGCAAUUGCCCUGUUGCCCUCCCCCUGGAUCCGCCACUGCUAUAGUGUACCUAUAAUACACGAUUUUAAAAUGGCAUUUUUAAUUCAGAAUCUUGUCACUGGUUGGAUUUAAUUUCUCCCAAUACUCUACCAGCAUAAAACUGGAAGGAAUGUACACUCCUGAUAAACAGGGUUAAGUGCCUAUUUUUCAGAUCUACUGACCACAUACAACAGUUUAAAUUAUAUGAAACUGUCAAGGAAGCUAUUUUUAUUGAAUAGUUGCAUUUGGAGUAAACAGAACAUUGUUUUCUCUAUAACACUGUAUCCUAGAACCAAAUGUAUAUUUUUGUUCAUGCAAUAUUUGUUGAGUGUGAUAAUAUUUAUAUAAUUUCACUGUCUAUGAAAGGCUAUAUGGCUAUAUAUCAAAAUUAAAACUCUGAAAGUGAAUGCUAUGCAAGCAAUAACAUUUUAUUCCAUAUUUUUUUCUAGUUACAUUCUCAAGCAUUAUGGUAUAAAAUACUAUUCAAUGACAGAAGUGGAUAAACUUUCAAUUAAGAAAGUGAUGGAAGAGACAUUGGAAUAUUUGGUGGGAAAGUAAGUAAUUUUCAGAAACUUAGUCAAACAACAUGAAAGAAAAGAGAAACAACUCAACUCCCCCCAAAAUAAUACAAUUUAAACAGCCUAAAUAGGAUAUAUAAAGAUAGAAGUGUGAACAGAAUAAUGAAUUCACUAUAUAUGAAGUUGUUCGCAUGAUCUGUCGAUCGAUUUACAUGUUGACUGCCAGACCUAUAGCAUUUUCCCCACAAUCACUCUAUACUUAGAACCCAGAUCUCUAGUGCGGAGGGAUCUCAUUAGGAACUCUGUUUCCUUACAAUAGCCUUGGUUCAAUAUUAUUGGCAAAACCCACUUGAAAAUGAUCAAAUUCUAGCAGCCUAACCCAAUCAAUGUGUAGGCUCCUAGGCACAGAGGUUAGACUCCCUGGCUAGUGCGUCCUAGGUGACUGCCUAGUAUGCCUAGUAGUAGUACCAGCCCUGCUCUGAUAAAUGUGCUUCAGGCUAACCCUGUUAAAUAACUAACCCUAUUGUAAAAUGUAAUAAAUAAAAUACCUAUGUAGGCCAAUAAAACUCCCACCUUAGCGCAAGGAAGUUUAUACACCUCUUCAAUACCCCCACUUGCAGUGCUGUGAGUGGAGGCAUCCCUGAUAAACAACAUGCAUCCAAUGGCAGAUUGCUGGAACAAAAAUACUAGCAGCUGGGCAGCUAUGUGUACAGGUCCCUGCUGUGCUCUCAUCCAUGGGCAAUGUAAAGUGGGGUUCAAACUAAAGAAUGGGGAGGACAGAUCAUUUUCCACCCCCUUUCCCCGUCUGUGCUCCCACCCAAGGCAGGGGCUCUAUUAAAUUUUAAAAAUAGUGUCAGUGGGUGGGGGCUCUAAUCAAAAUACACAAAGGGGACCUAAUGCCCUCUCAGCCACUACUCAUUGGUAGCAGCUGGGGGCUCUAAUAUGUAUUAUAACCCAGGACGGACAUUAAGUCACCACACAUGGCUGCUGGGUGGGGCUCUAAUAUUAUUAUUAUUAAACUAAGGAGAGACCUAAUGCUUCACGAUUAGUGCUCACCCUUAGUUGGUGUAUAGAGGCUAACAACUAAAUACAGGGUGUUCCCAAGGCCCUAGCCAAUACAAGAAAACCAACCUACCUCCCCACUCCCCAACCCCCUCAUCGUAACAAUAGUGAGAGGAAGCUCAAUAAUUCUCAUUUUUUAAAAAGCAUACUUACCAUUAGAUGUUUUCCUACUUCUCAAAACUUAUUUUCUACAAGCCUAAAACUUACAUUUUUUUUUCCAAUUAAAAAAAAAUUAGGAAAACAAAAACCAUGAUGCAACAAAAUGUCCCAUUGUUUAAAAAAGCAUUUAUGAACUACAUUCAGUAGUCAAUAUUUUCAAGGCCAUUUAUCAAGAAUUUUGUUCUUGAUAAAUAGUAUUUAAUUAGAGAAUCCGAUCGAUGGAAAGUAUAUUAUCGAUUUUUUAUUAUUAUUGUAGAAAAUCAGAAAUUGAUAAUAUUCAAUCCGAUAUUUAGCAACUCCCAAUAAGCCUUUUAUCGGCUCAGAUUGAUUAAUUGGCUGUCAUUAAAGGCAGUUAUUAAGUGUAUCUAAACCAAUAAAAGGCUUAUCAGGAGCCAAUGAAUUGCUGAUACAAGUCACCUGCUGAUAUGUAGUCGAGGCCUCUGCCUUAAAAGAGCACUAUAGGGUCAGGAACACAAACAUGUAUUCCUGACCCUAUAGGGUUAAAACCACCAUCUAGCCACCCUGUCCCCCUCAUGCCUCCCUAAAAAUAGUAAAAUCUUACUUGCAUUCAAGCCUGAAGCUGUAACUCUGCAUGCUGUUUGCCUCAGAAAAACAAGCUGUCUGCUGACAUCAUAAGAAGUGGUGGCCUGAUCCAAUCACAGUGCUUCCCCAUAGGAUUGGCUGAGACUGGCAAAGAGGCAGAUUAGGGGCAGAGCCAGCAUGGUUCAAACAUAGCCCUGGCCAAUCAGCAUCUCCUCAUAUAGAUGGAUUGAAUCAAUGAAUCUUUAUGAGGAAAGUUCAGUGUCUGCAUGCAGAGGGAGGAGAUCCUGAAUGUUUGGAUGCAAUUUAGGCAGCCAUGACCCAGGAAGGAUCUCUAACAGCUAUCUGAGGAGUGGCCAGUGAAGUUAUCACUAGGCUGUAAUGUAAACACUGCAUUUUCUCUGAAAAGACAGUGUUUACAGCAAAAAGCCUGAAGGUAAUGAUUCUACUCACCAGAACAAUUUCAAUAAGCUGUUCUGGUGACUAUAGUGUCCCUUUAACCUUUUCUAUGCUGAUUUUAAAUUCUGAGGGCUCUGCAGAGAAUCCUGUGUUUCUAAAUGCACACAACGCAAACAUCCUAUUGACUGAAAUGAUGCCAGGAGUUAACAAGGAGUUAGUUAAUGAGCUAAAUGUGAUUAAAAUGUCAUGUCAUGUUGAAUGUGCAUAAUGCUGUAUGAAUGGAUUAUACAGUGGUAAUUGACUAUCCACAACAUAGUGAUUGGAGAUAGGAGCUCUAUCCUUUAAAAGAGAAACAAUGUUUGAGGUUUAGUAGACAAUUAUUGCUCUGAAUUAUUGCACAAUAUUGCUCUGAAAUGCACACAAUGGUUAUGUUUAGGUUUUUAGACAACAAAUGGCAUUUAUAUGUUCUGCUAUGUGCAUCGUACCUACAGGCAUGGGGCUGGGAAAUAUAAAGAAUGAAGAUAUACAAAGAAGAAUAGUUUUAAAGUCAUAGUGUACCUAGGGCUCCAGACAAGGAUUGGCCCAGUCUGAACAACAUGCUUCGUGAGGAGAGUUAAAGGUCCAUUGUAAGGAGUUGCUAAUACAAUGUACUAGGACACACAUUUAGCCACUUUAAAAACAUAUUUUAAUGUGGGAGUGGAUGGUUAACAGUGGCAUGAUGUCAGUUACUUAAAUGAUAGGAAGGGGUGGCAAACCUGAGGAGUUGAAAUUUAUAUUUUAAGACUUGACCUCCUGUUAAAGGUACAUGUAAUUCAUGAGUUAUGCAAUAUCACAACAUUGCCUGUUACAGUAACUGUAAUAAAUUAGGGUGAAUAGGGUUUGCAGGGCAAUCAAUGGCAUCAAGGAACAUCUCAUAUAUAAUCCUUUCCAAAACAGACAUCGUAGCAUUUUAAAUGCAAUAAAUUACUAUAAUUUGUCAUAGUUAUCCUACCAUAAUUCAGUCAUCUCAACAUGCUGCUAUAUGGGAAGCACUGCACAUAAGCACACAUUCGAUGCAAUAUUCAUUAUCUAGAUCAGGACUUAAAAUAUCAAGACCUAUACUUCUAGUCAGGCCUUAAAGGUUAUUCACCACUGCAAACCUGAGAGUUUGUGGGAUACUGUUAUCAAUCAGUUCUACCAUGUCAUCAGUGGAGAAAAUAUCAAGAUCAUGAUGCUUAAAUUAAAAUAGCUGUAAAUAUCUGGAAUUAUAAUAUUUUCUCUUUAAUUAUAUUUGAUAAAAGGGAGAAGAGACCCAUCCAUUUGAGUUUUGACAUUGAUGGCCUGGAUCCAAGUAUUGCACCAGCCACUGGGACACCUGUAGCUGGGGGUCUAACCUACAGAGAAGGCAUGUAUAUCACAGAGGAGCUAUUCCAUACAGGUAGGUGAUGAUGUAAUUCUAACCCUUUUCAAGGCUAUUUCAAAACAUAUCGGCAUCUCCUCCUCCUGUGUCCACGGUUUAUGCCUUUUUUUUUAUUUUUUAUUACUGACUUAACAAGUUUAAAACAAAAAAUGAAAACAAACACAGAAUUCAAUAUUAUAUCUGAUACCAUAUUUCAGCCUUCUAAAGACUUAAAGGGUUAAAACAUUACUUCUAAAGAAACAAAAUUUCUUUUAUAACCUUUCAGUGUACUGUUUGUACCUGUUCUUUUUGUCUUAUAUGUAGAACAUGGGAUCAUGGCCUUAUUUUCAUUUGGCUGAACAUCUUGACAGUUAAUUAAUUUAUUUAUACCAGAUUACUAUUGUCCGUGACACCUAGGGAAAAAACCCUAUUUUCAUUUGGCUGAACAUCUUGACAGUUAAUUAAUUUAUUUAUACCAGAUUACUAUUGUCCGUGACACCUAGGGAAAAAACCCUUAUUAUGAAAGGCUGUAAGCUCAGUGCAUCCUAACUAACUUAAAAAGUUAGCAGAUAGAAGAAUAGCUGGGCGAGAGAGUGAGGUCACAAUAUUGUGUAUAAUCAACAAUGCAAAACAUUAUUCUAAAUGUGGUUAUUUUUGCUACCGUCACUUUCACGGAUACUUAAACAGGCAUUUAUGCAAUACCUAUUAGGGGAAGAUUUUUCAAAGUGUUCCAUUCUAAAAAGUGAUGCAAAGUACUAAAGUGGGACAAUCUCCGUGGAAACCAGUGGAACUAGCAGACAUUCCAUUGGUAACUCUUCCCCUUUUUAGAACUAAUACCGACAAGUUCCCCAAAAAUAUAAUUUUUUUUAACAUUAUUAUUAUACAGGUGAUACUCAAAAAAUUUGAAUAUCGUGCAAAAGUUCAUUUAUUUCAGUAAUGCAACGUAAAAGGGGAAACUAAUAUAUGAGAUAGACGCAUUACAUGCAAAGCAAGAUAGUUCAAGCCGUGAUUUGUCAUAAGUGUGAUGAUUAUGGCUUACAGUGCAUGAAAACCCCAAAUCCACAAUCUCAGUAAAUUUGAAUAUUACAUGCAAUCAAUAAAACAAGGAGUGUACAUAUAACAAUAUCGGACCUCUGAAAAGUAUAAGCAUGCAUAUGGACUCAGUACUUGGUUUGGGCCCCUUUUGCAGCAAUUACUACCUCAAUGAGGCUUGGCAUGGAAGCUAUCAGCCUGUGGCAAUGCUGAGGUGUUAUGGAAGGCCAGGAUGCUUCAAUAGCGGCCUUCAGCUCUUCUGCAUUGUUCGGUCUCGUGUCUCUCAUCUUUCUCUUGGCAAUGCCCAAUAGAUUCUCUAUGGGGUUCAGGUCAGGCAAGUUUGCUGGCCAAUCAAGCACAGUAAUCCCACGGUCAUUGAACCAGGCUUUGGUGCUUUUGGCAGUGUGGACAGGUGCCAAGUCCUGCUGGAAAAUGAAGUCAGCAUCCUUCCCCAAAUCAACACAGACUGUGGAAACUUCACACUGGACUUCAAGCAUCUUGCAGUGUGUGCCUCUCCAUUCUUCCUCCAGACUCUGGGUCCUUGGUUUCCAAAUGAGAUGCAAAAGUUGUUCUCUACAGGAAAGAGGAUUUUGGACCACUGAGCAACAGACCAGGUCUGUUUUUCUUUAGCCCAGGUAAGACGCUUCUGAUGUUGUUUGCUGUUCAAGAGCGGCUUGACAAGAGGAAUACGACAUCUGAAGCCCAUGUCCAGGAUCCGUCUGUGUGUGGUGGCUUUUGAUGCACUGAUUCCAGUAUCAGUCCACUCCUUGUGAAAGUCACCAACACUUUUGAAUGGCCUUUCCCUGACAAUCCUCUCGAGGCUGCGGUCAUCCCUGCUGCUUGUGCACCUUUUUCUUCCACACUUUUCCCUUCCGCAUAACUUUCUAUUAAUGUGCUUUGAUACAGCACUUUGGGAACAUCCAACUUCCUUCACAAUUACCUUUUGAGGCUUUCCCUCCUUAUGGAGGGUGUCAAUGAUGGUUUUCUGCACAACUGUCAGGUCAGCAGUCUUCCCCAUGAUUGUGAUUCCUACUGAACCAGACUGAGACCAUUUAAAGGCCCAGGAACCCUUUGCAGGUGUUAUGGCUUACUUAGCUGAUUAGAGUGGGACACUAUGAGCCUAGAAUAUUGCACCUUUUCUCAAUGUUCUAAUUUACUGAGAUUGUGGAUUUGGGGUUUUCAUGAGCUGUAAGCCAUAAUCAUGGCACUUAUGACAAAUCACUGUUUGAACUAUCUUGCUUUGCAUGUAAUGCGUCUAGCUCAUAUAUUAGUUUCCCCUUUUACGUUGCAUUACUGAAAUAAAUUUACUUUUGCACGAUAUUCUAAUUUUUCAAGUAUCACCUGUAUGUACCUUUAAAUUGCAAGGGUAGUAGAUACCUGGUGAAUAAUGAUGGUGGUUAUUAUUUCACAGUAAAACAAAAAAAUUCCUAGGCGAACAUUGUUAUUUUCCAUGCUACGUGAUCAUGCAAUAAUCUAUAUUGCGAAACAGAGAGGAGAAAUGUGAUUCAAGGGCUUGUGACAGACACAUGACAAAAACAGAGUUUAGAAAAAAAACAAAAGUGAGAAUGUUCUUCUUGGGCUAUGGCCAAUACAGAUAAUCACUUUCCAUUAUCAAUAUUGGACAACAUUUGUACUCUGGUCGAAAUGCUUAGGCAAACAUCCAUGUAACUCAAAAUUUUCAAGGUUGUAGAAUAGUAUUGAUCUUUUAGUUUGUCACUGAAACACCAAGAACAGAUUUACAUUUCUUAUAUUACCAAUUAAAGUAAAAUAUUAACAUUUCUAAUGAAAAAAAAAAGACUUAAACAUACAAUAAUGGGAGCAGGAUAACCCCAACAUGGGAAACUAUGGUUUUCAGCAGGAAUAUCAAGAGUUGCUAGUCUUCAUAACUUAUUCACCCAAAUAUGGGCCUAUAUCAACAAUAGGCUAAAACAGAAAAAUUCAAAGAGUUAUGUUUCAUUUUUUUUAAAUAUAUAUUUUACCAAUGAGCAAUAACAUGUUCAUACUAAUGAAUUAAAAAAAGGAAUAUUUGAUAAUUGGUCAUAUAUAAUUUUUUUAUUUAUGAACCUUAAACUUAAAAGAACACUCCAAUCACCAUAAACACUACAGUGCACUGUAGUCGAUAUGGUGCCAGGCUUACCUUGGUGCUCCCCAGAGCCAAUAGUGAACCUGUUUGCUAAUAAUGGUUUCACAAUUUAUCUGCAGACUGGCAGGCACUGGUCACCUUCUCCAUUGACAUCUGGAAGCUCCUGCACGGUGCCUCCAUUAGCUCUCGUGAGCUAAGCCCUACUAGGCAAACUUAUUGUCUGAGAGUAUCAACUGAUUGCGCUGAGCCAGAGAGCUAUGGCUAGCUCAAAGCAGAGAGCUCUCAGUAGAGGAGGUAAACGGCACCCAAUGGACCCAAACUAACAUAAAAAAAACAUGUUGUGAGCUUAACGGGGAAGAGGCAGGACAAUUUGUCCAAGAAUGGGUUGUGUCUUGGCACACUAGACAUACCCAUUGCACAUACCUAUGUCUUUGCCAAAGUAAGACCAUCCAGAUUAAUGUUUUGCAAGAUGUUAAAAAUUAUCUGGCCACUCGCACAAUAUUGAGAAAUGUUGUCCACAACAGAAUACAUGUAUACCCCUUUGUGCUGCAGAAUGUCCUCUCAUAAGGUUAGGGGAUUACUUAAAAAAAAUCUAAAAGUUAUAACUAAUUUACUAUUAUCACUUCUUUAUUUUAGGAUUGCUUUCUGCUGUAGAUAUGAUGGAAGUUAAUCCAUCGCGUGGAGAAACAGAGAAAGAAGCCCAGUGUACAGUUAACACCGCCAUCAACAUGAUCUUGUCCACCUUUGGGAAAUCGCGGGAAGGAUUUCAUGCACCAACAUAUAUUUUUCCAGAUCCCCCAUGCACAAAAGCACCAAAAAAUUAGUAGUCAAAACUAAAUUAAAUUUCCAUUUUCUGUAAACAUGACUAUUGUGAUAGCAAUAUUUGGACUUUUAAAGUCGUACAUCAAAAUGUUAACAGAAUUAGAUUCAGAUAUUUAAUUUUCAGAAGUGGGUCUGACAUUUUUAACCUGCUCUUGUCUUUUACAUUCUGCUACUCAUCAAAUGAUUCUGUUUCAAAGAAGAAAAAAAUCAAAUCUUUAUCUAUUUGAACAUGUAGGAGGUGACAUGAAAGAUAUUUGUUGCAAAAAUCCUAUAUAAUAAAAAUAUUUAUACUUACAAAUAAGAAUGAAUCAAUGCAGAAUAUGAAAAAGGUGCAUAUAUUCUCUAUUCCCUACUCUCUGUUCACUAAACUUUGAGUUUAAUCAAAGGGAAGAUAGUGCAAGGAAUAGAAGUUGUAUUUCUAGCACUAUAGCUCCCUCGCACCCCCCUCCCUUUGCACCACCGUCUGCACUAUAAGGGUUAGUAAACCCUCACUAUACUUACCCGAUUGCAGUGCCGAUCUCCCUCGGCGCAGUUCUGGUGCCCUCCCAACCCCCCUCUCCCUCCCCUGUCAUCACCCGACAGGGGGCACUAAUGCCCAUGCGCAGAUGUCUAUAGUGUCCUUUAAAGGACCAUGUGAUUGAAUAUCUGAGCUGAGCUAAUUCAUCAUUGCUAGGCUUCUGAAUGGAGUAUUUUUUUAGCCAAUGAAUACCCUAAAAAUCACAGAAAGAAUCAUACGUAUGUUUUGAUUCAUAUAGUCAUGGAUUUGUUGACUAUACCUUUACUGUAAUAGCCCCUUAAAUACAAUGUAACAAUGCUUCAUCAGACAGCAGAUUUUUAAUCUUGUAUAUAUUUGUAAAUGUUAAAAUUAACUCAACCUGUCACCUUUUCCUCUGCAUAUAUCAAAGAAGGACUGAAAAUAAAUCAGUGUGUCUAACAAGUUGCCUACUCUAUAUCAUAUCAGUUUUUGAGAUAUAUAUUCUUAAUAGUAAAUAAACUGAAUAUUGAUGGUAUAAUGGUGAACCAUAUCUAAUAUAUGAGUUAAGUGUUUGUAAGAAAGUAUUCUGGAUCAAUAAAUAUAAUGUAAAAAAA